AGUACUCUUGUGUAUAUGAUAUUUCAAUUUCUUUUUAAAUAUGGAAUAUAUAUAUCGUUUACCUUUUCUUGCAUUAGAAGUACCUAACUUGAAAUUAAAAAAACCAUCAUGGUUUGUGAAACCUAGUGCUAUGGUAGUUUUCUCAUUUAUACUUUUGUCAUAUUUUCUAGUAACUGGAGGUAUAAUAUAUGACGUAAUUGUGGAACCACCUAGUGUAGGCUCAACAACAGAUGAACAUGGUCAUACAAGACCUGUGGCAUUUAUGCCAUAUCGUGUAAAUGGGCAAUAUAUUAUGGAAGGACUAGCAUCUAGUUUCCUUUUUACCUUAGGGGGAAUUGGUUUUAUAGUGUUAGAUCAAACACAUAGUCCAUCAACACCUAAGCUUAAUAGAAUUCUUUUAAUAUGUGUUGGAUUUAUUAGUGUUGUUGUAUCAUUUAUUACAUGUUGGAUUUUUAUGAGGAUGAAAUUGCCGUAA